AUGCCUCCAUUGAAUAAUUCUCUAACUGGGGCCUUGGGGGAAAGGAAGGGCAGACAGGCAAGAAAAGAGGGAGGGGGAGGGAGAGAGGGAUGGGGAUGGGGGGAUUCAAGGGGGGGGAUGGGGGGAUUCAAGGGGGAGAGGGGGCGGUGGAGGAGGGGGGUGUGUUUGGCAGUAGGGAGGCGUGGGGAGGGGAGGGGAUGGCUGGCUGUGGCGAUUGGGGGAGAUGAUGGGGAUGGGGGCCGAGAGGAGGGGAUGGGGCAUGGGGAGGAUGGUAGGAGGAAAGGUGGGAAGGAUGGGGAGAUGGAUACUUGGGGGGGUAGAGGAAAGAAGGAGGACGAGGGGGGAGAGGGUGAGACGGAGGAGGGAGAGGAGAUGGAGGAAGGGGAUGGGGGGAUGGAGGAGGGAGAGGGGGGGAUGGAGAUGGAUGGUGAGAAGUUGGGAGUCCAUAGGGAAGAGGGAGAGGAUGGGGAGGAAGUAGAGUAG